AUGACGCCCACGCGGCGGUUCCGGGUGAAGUUCGCCAGCGGCGACCCGGACGUGUUCGUGGAUGUGGAGGACACGGCGGUGGUGAAGAGCGUGGUGGACAAGGUGCGAGAGAUUAAGGGCCUACCUGAGGGUCGCUUCGUGCGGCUGCUGUCUGCGGGCCAUGAGUUGUAUGAGGAGGAUGCAGUGCUGGACGCCCCAGGGGACGUGCUGCACUGUGUGACAUCGGACUAUGGUCCCAAGCGGGGGCCAUCAGGUGGCCGCCUGCGCAUGACAGUGGACCAGCUCAGGGGCGACUGGAUAUCUUAA